AUGGAUUUUAAGAAGUUUUGCGUAAUUUUAACAACAGUCCUCUCGUGGUUUCUGGUGGGUGCUACCACUACACAUUCACCAGGUAUUACUUUAGAAUCGUUACCCGUAAAUAGAACAGCAGAAUUAACUAGUUCCAAAAAAUUUAAUAAUAAUAAACCAUCAAUAUCGAAUGAAAAUGAACAUUUUGGCAUAAAGAAGGAGAAUAAUAAACCCGAAGAAGAAGAAGAUCCCGAAAAAGAACUGAUCGAUUUUCUCAAUUCCAUGAAAGGUUUCAUUAGAGACAUGUCAGAUAAAGCUUUGAAACAAUUGCUUCCUAUCUUCAUGUCCAUGAGUUCAGAACUGAAAUUAUCUAACAAUUGCACAUUUGCAUUUCUUCAAGUUGUCAGGGGAUUAAGAGAGUUUCGGCCAUGGACAAUGAAAUUGAUAGAUGCCAAUAGUAAAAUACCAGAAGGAAUUUUAUAUGGUUCCAUGUCCACCUUUGGCUCUUACGACGAAUGUUUGAGCGUUGUAGUAGAUGAAGAGGAUCCUAAUUCCAUGAAGGGGCAAUACUGCUCGAUUAAUAUUAGUCCAUAUCUCCCACCAAGACCAAGGCAAUAUACUUUUGAUUCAGCAUUUCAAGAAUAUCCUGUCUUAAAGAAAAAACUUCAUGAAAUGCACAUGAGUGAUUUGAUGCCUUCUUAUUAUUUUAUCCAACAUCGAUUCGGUUUGUGUCUUCCUUCGUCAUGUAGCAGGAAAGACGUCGAAGAGAUGACUUCAUUAGCAUCUCAUCACAUGAAGAUCAACGUGAGUGUUGUACAUUGUGAAAUCAAAACGGAAUUAACUCUGUCUAAAGGACAGAUAAUUACUGGCUCACUUAUACUUAGCGUUACAAUCUUCAUCGCGUUGGUGACUAUGUUAGAUGUUAUUCCAAGGAUUUAUUCUUCGAUUUUUAAAACAAAAACAUUAAAAAACAAAGAAGAAAAACAAAGUGCUUUACGCAGAUUUACCGAAGCGUGUUCAUUUUACAGUAACAUAAAGUAUAUUUUAACAACGGAAACAUCUACAAAUUCCUUAAGGCCUCUUCAUGGUGCUUUACGCAGAUUUACCGAAGCGUGUUCAUUUUACAGUAACAUAAAGUAUAUUUUAACAACGGAAACAUCUACAAAUUCCUUAAGGCCUCUUCAUGGUAUACGAUUCAUUAGCUGCACUUGGAUAAUUCUGGGUCAUACCUAUUAUUGCAAGAAUUACAUCGAAAUAGGUGCUUUACGCAGAUUUACCGAAGCGUGUUCAUUUUACAGUAACAUAAAAUAUAUUUUAACAACGGAAACAUCUACAAAUUCCUUAAGGCCUCUUCAUGGUAUACGAUUCAUUAGCUGCACUUGGAUAAUUCUGGGUCAUACCUAUUAUUGCAAGAAUUACAUCGAAAUAGCUGCUUUGUCAAAAGUUAAAGAACUAGGAUACGGAAUCAUGUUUCAAGUUGUACUUAAUGCAGGAUUUGCGGCUGAUACGUUCUUCUUUCUCAGCGGAUUGCUGGUUGUCUACACAACAUUACAAAAAAUGCAAGAGUGCAAUGGAAGAUUUAAUAUCAUAUAUUUUUAUUUCCGGAGAUACUGGAGAUUAACUCCUGCAUUUAUGCUGGCUACCGGCCUUAUAAUUAUGGGACCUAUUUAUGGAUCUGGGCCAAUUUGGCAGGAAACUUUAAAACCGUUUGUCGAUGGUUGCGAGAAAAACUGGUGGACAAAUCUAUUAUACAUUAGCAAUAUUAUUAAAACUUCCGAAUCUUGUGUUCCUCACGGAUGGUAUAUAUCGUGUGAUAUGCAGUUCUAUCUUCUAUCACCUCUCAUAUUCUUAACACUUUACAAAAAACCGAGUCUUGGAAAAUUACUAAUUGCAGGGGGGAUAGUUUUAUCCAUGGCUAUUGUUGGUACUUUAACCUUAUUUUUUAAACAACCUCCUGUUUCGCUAUUUUCUAUUCCAGAUCCAAGAGAUGUAAAUGACUUUUUAGAUACGGUCGGUUACAAACCCUAUACACACUUUGCUUCUUAUUGCAUUGGUAUGGCAGCGGGAUAUUUACUUGUAACACACAACAAAUUAACUAUUAAAACAAUAUGCCAAAUUCUGGGAUGGGCUGUAUCUAUUAUUCUUAGCGUUACUAUCGUAUAUGGUACAUUAAUGUGGAAUUCCGGUUACAUGCCUUCUUUGCCCAUAACAUUACUCUACGCUGCUACAUGCCGCCCAAUUUGGACGUUAUGUAUUGCUUGGGUUACCAUAAUAUGCAUUACGGGCCAUGGAGGCAUUAUCAACGAGAUAUUAUCAUGGAAAUGCUUUGUUCCGUUAAGUCGUCUAUGUUACUUGGCAUAUUUAUUGCAUCCAUUGAUGAUGUAUCUUUACGUCAGCUAUGCCAGAUCUCCUAUACACUUUAGCCAAUAUGUUAUGGUAUACAUGUUUUUAGGCCAUUUAUGUGUAACAUUCGGAUUAGCAUUUGUAUAUACAUUAAUAUUCGAAGCACCAUUUGUGAGAUUGGAAAAAUUAUUCAUACAGAAGUUUGCCGAUAAAUGGGGUCAUAGCGAAGGUGACCAGACAGAAAUGAAGGAUACUGUCAUUGUAAAAAGCAUGAAAGAUAUUUAAACGUGCCACUUUUCAUCCAAAAUAUUGAUCUCUUCCUCCUG